GCUAGCUGCUGAAGUGCCUCCGGCUAGCUGUUGCCGCCUCCUCCCCACGGCUGGGGGAGUAGAGGAUUUUAGGACAGCAGCGCGGCACCCACCCAAGGGACCAAAGGCAUCCAGGGGAACCUUGGGUAUUUGAUAAGAUUCUAAAAUAACUGUUGCUGCGGUGCAGACAUCCACACCUGCUGAUCCGCAUCACAGACUUCCUUCUCCAGUUUAUAUGAAAUAGGUUGAUGGGCGUUAUGAGUAACACCCCUUAGGGAAAGCCUAAGGACCCCCUGGCAAAGCUGCAGCACCUGCCGUGUCCUGUCCCGUGGGCCCCACAGGGACAAGAGCAGAUGCCUGACUGGGAACCAGCUCAACACCACUUGCCCCUGAGCGCCCUGCGGCAUCAGCAGAGCCAGAGGAGCCCCCUCUGCGAUCCCCCGGACGCCGCAAAGAGGCAGGCUCACACAUUGCCGCGCUGCUGUCCCAAAAACCCCUCUACUCCCCCUCAGGCGCGGGGGAGGAGGCGGCACUGGCUAGCCAUAGGCACUUCAGCAGCUAGCAGCGGGGUGCACUACCCAGAUGCGUCUGGGACGUCCAGGUAGCGCCUUCGUCAGGAAGGAUCAGCGGUUGGGGGCGGCGAAAGAGACGAAGUAUUAAGGAAAAGAGGGUCUUCUCCAAGUGGUGCAGUCCAGAGCCUUUAUUUGUCUCUAGGGGAGUCCACAGGGGGAAGACAAAGAGAAACGAAAUGCAAGGGUAUAUAAAGGGGGUGGCACACACACAUGGAUACAUUACAUUAACCAAUGAGGAAAAACUAAGGAGGGGAAUUGCUAUUGACCGACAUGACAAGCAACCAAUGCUUUCGCUUCCCACCAGAAAUGCCCGGGUUCCUUCGGACGCACGUUCACCGGGAAUGAGGGGAGCAUCCACAAAGGUGAUAAGGAGGGGCCACGGCUACGAGAAGCCACCGGCCUCCCGCCGGCCGUGUCAGCAGUCGCGCGAAAGGGGAGGGGCGCGGCGCCGAGAGAGGCACGGCCCGCCGAGCCACGUCAUUGCGGGGCGGCACAAGGGAAUCCGGCACAGCCCUGAGGAGCGUCUGACCCGGGACGCGAGACGCUCCAGCGGGCACCGCCCCUGCCGAGUGGAGCGGGGCAGGCUGCCCGCCCGGCGGAGCGGGGCCUGCCGGAGCACUGACCGAUGCCCCGCCCCCAGCUGCUUCCACCGACUGCGCGUGCCCGCACGGCUGCGCAGGGCCAGCUCCCCCUCUCCCGCCGACGAGCCUGACCUGGAGGCGGGUGAGCCUGCCCCUGCCGCGCUCAGGGGGAACUUCGUGGAAACGCCGCAUUUGGGACAAAAAGUUGUCACCGAACCAGACUCAAGCAGAGGUGGAGGCUGGCCCAGAGGCUCCCAAGCGCCGGGAAGGCGCAAAGGGAGAGCGGUACCCCCCCCCCGCCCCGCAGCCUGUGCAGGGCAGGACGGGGUGGGGACGCCCGGCUGACUCCCCGAGCCCCCAGAGGCCCGCGGCGCUCCGCCCCCUGGACUCGGGACCGGCUGGCCGGGAGCUGCCACUCCCGAGAUGGAUCCGUCUCCCAGCAUACCAUCCCGGGGCGGGGGGGGGAAGGCCCCAUAUCGUACAGAAACCCCAAGUCCCCCUUGUCCCCAGACGAGACGGAGAGGUCCCCCUGGGAACUCCGAGGGCUGCACAAACCAGACCCCCGCCAAACCACCUCACACUUUUUCCACAGCACCAGUGUGAGAUACAAAGCUGUAUUUCGUGUCAGGUACAUACAGGCAGCGUGUGUGCUUGUGAUUGUGAUAUGUAUGGAAACUGAUCAUGGGACAAUUAAAGGAUGAAUUCCAAAAAAAUAACUGAGGGA